AUGAGGACGCGCCCGAGCGUUAGGCUCGUCUCUGCCGCCGGCUGGAUCUGCAAUUCUUGUCGUGCGCGCCAGGCAGCCGAACACCUUCGCCCUGCGCCCGCGCGAGUAAGCCUUGUGAAGACUCGAAAGUCCUCCACCACCAGCACCACCGCUGCCGCUCCCCCCCGAGGCAAACUCCCUGACAAACCGGCUCGAACACGAUUCGCCCCUUCGCCCACAGGCAACCUUCACCUCGGAUCCAUUCGGACAGCUUUGUUCAAUUACCUACUCGCCCGAGCCACCCAUGGCCAAUUUCUCCUACGCAUAGAAGACACUGAUGCAAAGCGAACGGUACCAGGCGCGGAAGAAAGACUGUACGAGGACUUAACGUGGGCUGGUCUACAAUGGGACGAAGGACCGAUUGUAGGUGGACCCUACGGACCUUACAGACAAUCCGAACGGUUACCCUUCUACAAGAAGCAUAUUGAGAAUCUGCUGGCCAGCGGUCGAGCGUACCGGUGCUUCUGUUCAUCCGAGAGGAUUGACGAGUUAAAUCGCCGCCGGCACGACAAAGGGCUUAAUCUCGGCUAUGAUCGAAAAUGUCUUCACCUGUCCGCCGAGGAAGCAGAAGAACGAGUGCAUCGCGGCCACCAGCAUGUAAUUCGGUUCCGCUCGCCAGAGGAAUGGCCGCGAUACAAUGAUCUGGUAUACGGCCGGAGCGGACACGGCGCGGAGAAGACCAAAAAGCUUUUGGUCGACGAACCCGUCUAUGAAGACACGAUCUUGAUCAAGUCCGACGGCUUCCCGACGUAUCAUUGGGCCAACGUCUGCGACGACCACGAAAUGCACAUCACCCACGUCGUGCGCGGGUCGGAAUGGAUGGCCUCGACGCCACUACACGUCGCACUGUACGAGUCUUUGGGCUGGAUGCCGCCGUUGUUCGCUCAUGUGCCGUUGCUGGUGGACCAGAACCGCCAGAAGCUGAGUAAGCGCAACUUCGACUCGGACAUAUCCAGUUUCCGCGAGAAGGGCAUUUUCCCAGAAGCGUUGGUCAACUUCGCCGCUCUGCUGGGCUGGUCGCACACCCAGAAGAACGACGUGCUGGACCUUCCGCAGCUCGAGGCGCUGUUCGACCUGAAAAUCACAAAGGGCAACACCAUUGUCUCCUUCGACAAGCUGCAGUAUUUGCAAAUCAAGCAUGCUCGACGCAGGGUUGAAGCCCAGGGCGAACAUUUCGAGCAAAUGAUCCGCGACGUGGCCGUUGCGGUCCUGGACAGAUACGGCGCCGCGCGAGUCAUGCAGUUUCUGGCCAAGCGGUCUCUUCACGACGUGCUGGCGAGCAUCCUCCAAGUCGGGUCGCUGCCGUACCGAACCGCUGUGGAUUUCGCCGCACAGUGCUCCAUCUUUUUUGAGCCUGUGCCUCCGACGCCGCAAAAGCUCGAAGAGGCAGGCAUUGAUCCGGCCCAUCUGCAUUAUCUGCGCGUGGCUGCGACGACGUUGUGCCUUGUGCCGGAGUCUGAAUGGGCCGAGGCCGUCCACCACUCUCAAUUGCGCAUGCUGGAACAACAGGUCCCAGAUGAGGCCGUCGGCGCCGCUGCUAAAUGGAAGCGUGACCUCUACCACUACCUGCGCUGGGCAUUACUCGGCGGCGAGCGUGGCCCAGGCAUCGCCGUAACCCUGCAAAUCCUGGGCCGCGACACGUCUGUGGGCAAAAUCCAGGCUGCGAACCGCCUGGCUCAAGAAUUCGAGGCCGGCACGGUCAAGAAAGAUGCCCAUGCCCUUGAGGCGCAGGCGUUCAACGGCACUCGAGAUGGGAAGAGGCGCCUUGACAAGGCCUGGAAUGCCUAUACUCUGUAA